UUAGCCAGGUAAUCUCCACAACCAUCUGCUGGUACAGUCAACCAUCACAUCCAGCCUCCCAUUUCCCACUUGAUUCCUGUCAACAAGCACAAGAAAAGGUAAGAAGAACCCUCUGUGAGAAAAGAAUCAAUGAAACGGCUGGGACCACAUUAUAUAUUUCUUCCAGACCAUGCUGCUGUCUCCUCAGUCAGAGAGGAACUGGGAGGCUUUAUGUUCAGUGCUUGAAGAUGUGUUAGAGGACCAGUCCCACAGGCAGCUCUUUGCCUUAGAGCUGGGCUCUGGCACUGGGCAGCAUGUCAUACGCUUUGCCCAGAAGAUGCCCUUCGUCACUUGGCAACCAUCAGACGUCAAGGAGGAGCUCCUGGGCAGUAUCAAAGCAUACAUCGCUGCAACCCAUGCAAAGACAAUACUGCAACCUGUCCACCUAGAUGCCAGCGAGCCAUGGCAGAAAUGGGCAGGGAUUCCUUGCAACUCCUAUGAUGUUGUUAUUGCCAUCAACUUGCUGCAGUACAGUUCCUUUAAAACAGCACAGGGUGUCUUCAGUGGAGCAGGUCAGAUCCUCAAACCAAAUGGCCUUCUCAUAACAUACGGGGUGUAUGCAAUUAAUGGCAUCAUUACACCAAGUUGUAAUGAAAAACUAGAUGCAGAGAUUCAAAAAAUGAAUCCAGAGUGGGGUCUUCCAGACAUUGAUGUGCUGAGACAGCUGGCCUAUGAGAAAGGGAUGCGUAUGGAGAGAAUAAUUGAGAUGGAAGACUACAACAAAUGCCUCAUCUUCAGAAAAAUGUGAACUGCACAGAGCUUUCAAAAUAUUCUUUUUUUUGUUUACUGUAAAGUCCAAUUUAUAUGUGACAUACGAUGCAUUUACAUGAAUAAAGGUCAUUGAUCCAAA